AUGUUUAUUUAAGCUUCCAUUCCCAGAACUCGUUUCGCCAUCACUCCAACCAAUGUGAGGUAUGUUUGCUUGGAUUCGACUCCCAACAGGUAGAAGUUAGAUAUGACACAAAGAAUAGAUGACAAAUUACCAAUAAGAUAACCAAAUGAUCGUCCUCAGAUUCUCGUCAAUUAGCACAAGGAGAAUCUUACCAGGAUUCCUGGCAAUUCAUUUUCCCUUAGUUCAUCUUCAAAGGAACUCUAAAUAUAAAUCCAAGAACUGACCAAAUAAAGAGACAGCAUGCAAUACACACUUUAAGAGGCUAUUCGAAAAAGCAAUCUUAUGGAAUAAUAAUUAGAUGUACUCGAUUCAAUAUUAUACUAGCAAUUGCAAAGCUAGAAAAUUGAGCAGGCCAUACAAUUCUAAGUCAAUAUGGAUCAAUUUCAAGACCAAAUUAAUAUUUUGACAAAGAAGUUGCAAGACCUCAUCAAUGACAACAACUAUCUGCAGGAACAGUACUAGAGCCAGUAGUUUUACAUUGAGGAAUUAGGAUUCCAAGAAAACGACCAAUUUAAUAUUACUCAUAACUUUGGAUAAAUGUGA